AGUAACCAAUAUUUAUUGUUCGACACCUCCCCCUCGUAGCCCUGUGUACAUUGUGCUACCUGCAUCUACUUUCCUUCCCACCCCACCCCAGGAUGUCUGACCCUUACGCCCAACGCCCACACUACGCUCCUCCUGGUCCUGGACCCGAGGCGAACUUUUAUGCGCCCGCAGAUAGCCUAUACCAAAACCCACCGUACGAUUAUGAGUCCCAGCAUCCUUAUUCGCAGCAAUUUCCUCCGAAUCAAAGCGGCCAGUACGGCUCGCAGUAUGACUUAGCGCAAACACCGAGGUCCUAUCCCCCCCAAAUGUCGGGCCCGCAACAGGAAUACCUCAAUCCAGCUUCUGCGGGAGGCUUUGAGCAAGAAAGAGAUCGUCGAGGAAGUAACGCUGAUUAUUACAACGCGUCCACCAACGAACAAGAUCAGCACUAUCUUCAAAGCUCUCAUCCCCACGGAGCUGACAAUACUUCCGACAAUGAGGGAACCGAGCGCAAUCUCGCAGGGGCGCUUGCUGGUGGCGCUGGAGGCUAUUAUCUGGGACACCAAAGUAACCAUGGCCUUCUAGGGGCUGUGGGGGGUGCGAUAUUAGGCAACUUCGUUGGAGACAAGAUGGAGGAUAAACCAGAAGAAGAUGAACAUCGGCAUCAUAGCCAUCACCACCACCAUGGUCAUCAUGGCCAUCAUCAUCACCGUCACAAACAUCGUCACGGCCAUCGCCAUCAUCGUCAUCAUCGCAGUCAUUCUCGGCACAGUAGCCAUAGCGGCAGCUACUGAUAGGAAACUCUCUUAGAUGUUAUUUCUUAGAUCGCUUUAGUGAUGUUUUGUUGCUCUUUCAUUUGGCGCGUACACUAUUAUAGGGAAAUUGUUAGAAAAGGAUAAAGAUUAGGAAUGUUUUGUAAUGCUUAACGACUUGAUGACAACAAUGCUGAGUAUGGUGCCUCCAUCUAGAUGCUAGUAACUCGGAUUAUUGUACAAUAAUUCCCUCUGGUGUUUCUCUGAAAUCACGCGUGGCAAACUGCUACUUUUCUCCUUAUGUCAUUGUGGGUUUCAGGAAUCGACAGAUUUGAUGCGGCCUUUCUCAAUUUGUCAGUUUAUGUAACGGCCAAAUUUGGCUAGGGAAAUGAACGAUCGAUCGGAUGAAGGAAGAUAGAGAAGGGAAUUUUGGCGUAGAUGGUUAGGCAAAUCUGAAUCAGGUCGUAACAUUUCGAGUAGGAAAGCCACAACCAUAGGUUAUAUUGUUUGCAUGGAAGUAGAAUAGAUAAUGGGCCUGUAAAUGAGGAGUAUAAAACCUGCUUAUCCAAACGACAUCAUAUCUUAUCGUCGAAAUGUUUUACGUUUCCCCACAAAGUAAAUCUUUCUACGGGCGUAAUACUCCACACAUUAUUCUGGCGCAUAUAUAUCACCCGCACAAGUUUGGUCGAAGUAACUCUAAAUUUGAGAAGAGAAC